ACUAAACCUUAGUUGAUCCCCAACAACAACAACAAAAAGGAUAAAAAAGUUGUCUUCUCUUUCUCUCUCUAGAAACUUAAUAAAUACCUACCCAACUUAGAAGAGGAAACUAACUAAUUCUUCUUCCACUUAUAAGAUUCUGAAUAUUCUUCAAACUAGAGAGAUAGAACAAAAACAUCAUGAUCUGCGGAAAAGAAGAAAACCAAGGAAGUGAUUUACAAUCACUCCACGACCAUCUUCUCUUUCACCAGAUGCAACAACAAAACAUGAUCAAUUUCCCAUCAGAAAUCUUUCCUCCAUGGUCUCUUCCUCCUGUCCGUGACCAUGAUCCUUUCCUUCUCCCUCCACCAUACGGACAAGCAAAUCUAUUCAACCGCAAGAUGCAGUUCGGUUAUGACUACUCCCCUUCUCAGUCCGACCAUCAUCUCAGAAUGAUUUCCGAGUCAUUAGGGCAUGUUGUUCAGGGCGGCGGCGGCGGCGGAUCUGUCCCGUUUGGAUUGGGAGCCGAGCUGGGGAAGAUGACAGCUCAAGAGAUAAUGGAUGCUAAAGCUUUGGCGGCUUCUAAGAGCCACAGUGAAGCCGAGAGAAGGCGUCGAGAAAGAAUCAACAAUCAUCUUGCUAAACUUAGGAGCUUACUUCCUAGCACUACUAAAACAGAUAAAGCUUCCUUGCUAGCUGAAGUGAUACAACAUGUUAAAGAGCUUAAACGCCAAACAUCCCUUAUCGCAGAGACAAGCCCGGUCCCUACCGAGCUAGAUGAGCUUACAAUCGAUACUGCGGACGAGGAUGGUCGUUUCGUGAUUAGGGCAUCGUUGUGUUGUGAAGACAGGUCGGACCUAUUGCCUGACCUAAUCAAAACCCUAAAAUCACUCAGGCUAAGAACAUUGAAGGCCGAUAUCACAACUCUAGGGGGGCGUGUUCGGAAUGUAUUGUUCAUCACGGGCGAAGAGGAUCAUGAUCAGGAUUUGUCGUCUCUGGAUUGUUAUAACGAUCAAUAUUCGAUAAGUUCAAUUCAAGAGGCACUCAAAGCAGUUAUGGAGAAGGCUAAUGGUGGUGGUGGUGAACAUCAUCAGCAGCAUGAUACUUCAUCGUCUGGAAGUGUGAAGAGGCAAAGAACCAACAACGUUAACAAUGUGAAUAUCCUUUGAUCAGCAAUGAUAAUAAUAAAUAUAUUAUAAUUACUAUUAUUAGGUCCUUUUGAAUAUUUUUAAGUUCUAAAGGCCUGCAGCUAGCUUGUCUUAAUUAUUUCUUUUUCCUUGGCUUUGUGUGCGCUUUCUUUCUUUCUUGUGAUGGUUUUGGUAAUUAGGUUAUUUUCAAAUAGGGAGAAUGGAUAUGGUGGGUUGUCCAUAUAUCUAUUAUCUAUGUAUUCUCUUCUAAAUAGAGAGAUACAUAUAGAGAAAAAUGGACCAUUAUAUAUAUAUUGGGAUUUGGUAUGAGAUAAUUUAAACAGAUUAUCAAAACA